CACAAAAACAUCAAAACCCACCUUUGCCUAAAAUUAUCAAGAUGACAGGUUCUGGUUCACCUUGUGGAGCUUGCAAAUUCUUGAGAAGAAAAUGUGUGAGAGGUUGUGUUUUUGCACCUUAUUUCUGCCAUGAACAAGGAGCUCAACAUUUUGCAGCAAUCCACAAAGUUUUUGGUGCAAGCAAUGUGUCAAAGUUGCUUGCUCACCUUCCUGUAAGUGAUCGUAGUGAAGCCGCAGUCACAAUCUCAUAUGAAGCUCAAGCCAGGCUUCAAGAUCCCAUUUAUGGCUGUGUUUCUCACAUUUUUGCUCUUCAACAACAGGUUGUCAAUCUUCAGGCACAGCUGGCUUCUCUCAAGGAACAAGCAGCUCAAAGCUUUCUAAAUGGCUCUGCCACCACAAACCCUAAUGACAAGUACUAUGGAAAACCUUCUUAUCCACAUGAACUGCAAAGCUGGUUCCACUCAGAAAAUUCAAGCACAGUGCCGCAAUUGAAUCCAAAUAACCUCACCAAUAACAUGCCAUACUGUGAAAAUGGGAUCAUGGAUCCAAACUCCAUGGGAAAUUAUGGAAAUUCAUCAAGUUCAUUUGAUAGCUUUGAAGAGGCAUCUCAUUCCAUGUCAUCCUUUGACAUGCAAACAGACAACUUGCAAUGGACUUAUCAACAUGCUGAUGAUCUUCAGUCAAUGGCCUUUGGCUAUACUCAACAUUCAUGAAGAGAUUGGCCAAGGCGCAGGAGAUUUAUAAUUGGUGAAGACAGAUUAUUGUCAAUUUUGUUAUUGCUGCUGCAUACAUUGAAAUAUGCACCUUUGUUGCUAUAAACAAAAGCUAGCUAGGACCCUAGAAUUGUUCAUACAAUCAGAAACCCUAAAUCCUCCCUACUAUCCUUUUCUUUAUUCCAGUGCAAUCUUGGAUAUUGGUAUAAUAAUAGUGGGAUUCUCUGAAAGAAGUUAAGAAA